CAUGUCAAGUGAAGAACCUGAAGCUUAAGGAUGCGAAUUAUUGGGAGGGUUUGGAAUACUAGUAUAAUCAAUUCUAGGAUUCCUUUGCUUUUUAGUCCUCGUUUGUAAUAAAUAAAUAUUAUUCUAAAAGUCAAAAGACAUAUUGAAAAACCUAAAAGAGUUUGGAAGAUAUUUUUAAUGGUAAUUUCAGAGUAGAUAAUUUAGGAUACAGCUAAAUAAUUUGUUAGUGCUAUUGUUUAGCAUUUCUUAAAUAUUGGAUUAGCUUUAUUAUUGAGUUCUGCAGAUAGUGGAGAUUAAUGUUAAUGGUACUUCAUUAAUUAAUUUAGGUAUUUUAUUACAUACAUGCUUGAUUGCACUAUUGGAAUGGCAAUCAAUUGCAUAUUGAUCACUCUCUUCGAAAUACUAUUUCAAAAGAUGGGUUAGACGGUAUGCAUUAGAAUUAUUCUUAUAGUAAUUUUAAACUGGUAAUUACUACACUAUAUCAUAUCCUCAAAUUACUACUUAUUCUCUAAGUUCUGACAAUUAGACUCAAACAAAAAAAGCAAUACCAAAAGUUGAAGUUGCUUAUGGAGUGUAUGUAUUUUAAUUAACUUUGUGGAUUUUAAUCGUUGUUAUAGUAAGUUAUCCCUCAAUAAACAAGAGCAAAAUUAUUCUAUACUUCUUCUAAUUACUUUUGGGAGAAUACUUAUUGAUAGCAGUAUCAUGGAUGUUUUAACCUAUCAACUAAUAUCCAGAACUUGAGCUUGUUAUUGUACUAGUCAUCAUACCUCUAAUAUUUAAUGCUCUUUGUGUAUCAAAACAGGUUAUUAUAGUUUUGGGUACAAGAUUCAUUUCUAAAGAAAAGUAAAUUUAAGAAAAAGGAAAAAACUGCAGUUUUGGAUGCUCUCUAUGAAAAAUCUGACUAGCCUAUUGAAGUUGAAAUUAUAGAUGGAGAUGAAAGCUCCAGACCUUCCAUAGCAGGAAUAGAAUUACAGACUUAACAAAAUAAUAACGAUUUAACCGUAACAGAGACUAAAUCUGAUAUCGAAGUAAGUGAACAAUAGACUAAUUCAUCAAAUGAAGUUUGAUGAAAAGACCAAC